AACUAGAAAAACAAAUCGAGAAGAACUAUAUCUCAAGUUUUCGUAUUCCGAUUCAUAAGGAUUGCGUUAGUUUCAUUGGAUGUCGGCUUCCCAAUUGUGUUUCAACCUAAAAGUUACAACUGACUGAUACUCGUCUCUAUAUAGGCAACAAGCACAAAAUAUUCUAAAACAGAAAAAAAAAAUAAUGGCAAGGUUUCUUCUCUCAUCUCUGAAGGAGGCAGCCGUUGUAGCAGCGGCGGCGGCAGUGGCAGCGGGACAUCAGUCAUUGUUAGGAAGCAUAAAGAUAGCAGUUUUGCCAGUAGCAAAAGUAUUCACCUUGUGUUUCUUGGGCUUCCUAAUGGCUUCCAAGUAUGUUAAUAUCUUUCCUGAAAAUGGCAGAAAGCUUUUAAAUGGGUUAGUGUUUUCCCUUCUGCUCCCGUGUUUAAUCUUUUCUCAACUCGGGCAAGCUAUUACUCUACAGAAAAUGCUUCAAUGGUGGUUCAUUCCAGUGAAUGUUGUUCUGGGCGCAAUCUCUGGCUCUAUAAUAGGUUAUGUUGUUGUAACCCUAGUGAAACCUCCAUACCCCUACUUCAAAUUCUCAGUCAUACAAAUUGCAAUCGGAAACAUUGGGAACGUACCACUUGUUCUGAUUGCAGCUUUAUGUAGAGAUACCUCCAAUCCUUUUGGCGACACUGAAACAUGCAGCACUCAGGGAACUGCAUACAUUUCAUUUGGACAGUGGGUUGGUGCAAUCAUUCUAUACACAUAUGUAUUUCACAUGUUAGCCCCACCCCCGGAAGGUACCUUUGACCAUGAGGCUGGGAAUCUCCCCCUUAAGAUCCCUCAGAAGGAUGCCUCUCCUGAGAAUGUUCCAUUGCUGGGGCAAGAGACUUCACCAACGGAUUUAGACAAUUCAAAGAAAGGAAAGAUUAAAAGUUUUCUAGUUUUGGUUUAUGACAAGCUAAAGCUUAAGCAAAUCCUUCAACCCCCUAUUGUUGCAUCUAUCCUAGCCAUGAUUAUAGGCACAAUACCGGUUCUAAAGAAAUUAAUAUUUACAAGAGAUGCUCCACUUUAUUUCUUCACUGACAGCUGCAUUAUUCUUGGGAAGGCCUUGAUCCCAUGCAUAUUGUUGGCAUUAGGAGGCAACCUUGUUGAUGGACCAGGGCCAGGAAGUGCAAGAAUUGGUGUCAGAACACUUGUGGCUAUUAUAAUUGGGCGCUUAAUCUUGGUGCCUCCUGCGGGGCUGGGCAUUGUAACACUGGCUGAUAAGCUUGGUUUCCUUCCUGAGGGUGAUAAAAUGUUCCGAUUUGUCCUACUCCUUCAGCAUUCUAUGCCAACAUCUGUCCUUUCUGGUGCUGUUGCUAAUUUAAGAGGAUACGGAAAGGAGGCAGCGGCUGCGCUAUUCUGGGUUCAUAUAUUUGCAGUUUUCACUAUGGCAGGAUGGAUAAUUCUGUAUCUCAACAUACUUUCUAAAACGAGCACAAAGCAGAUUGGAUGGAAUUGUUUGACAGGGCAAGGCAGCUUGUGAUCCCUGCAACCAUGGACACUGCUGACUCAAUGUUUUGCAGUGUGUUAUUUUAUUUUAUUCUCUCUUGAUAUGAACUGUCUUUGUCAGUAGCUUGUUA